UUGAACUUGGUUUGGUGGAACAGAGGGAGAGGGACCCACCGUCUUGUCUACCUGCUUCCUCUUCUCAAGAAAGGGAGAAAAUGGGACGUCUCACUGGCUUGUUUUUGGUGCUGGUCUUGGCUUGGGAAACACGGGGCUUGGACUUCAUCAUUGAGGACAUCCCAGAGGAUCUGGAUGAAUGGCUGGACUUUGAGAUGGACGGAUUCGUUUCACAGUCUGCACAAAGAAAUGGCAGAUACCAGAGGAGCAUUACUACUGCUGAUGAUUCGGGAGAAGUAGUACGAGGCGAUGAUGACAUCAUCCUUCACAGCUACAAGGUCCAAUCAGUCAUUACGUCUCGACUGGCCAACACAAUGGUCCAGAGCAAAGUGGCAAAUGCCGCCAAGUAUCCACAGAACCUGGUCUUUGACGUCCAGAUCCCAAAAGGGGCCUUCAUUCACAACUUCACCAUGAAUGUCAAUGGCAUCACGUUCACUAGCUCGAUCAAAGAAAAAUCUGAAGCCAGAAGCCAAUAUGCCCAAGCCAGAGCCAAGGGCAAAACAGCUGGAAUACUGAGGAGCAAUGCCCUCGAUAUGGAGAACUUCAAAGCUGAACUCAAUGUACCUGGAGGAACCAAAGUCCAGUUUGAAAUCCAUUACCAAGAGACAAUCCGAAGGAAAUUGUCAUCUUAUGAGCACAUUAUCCCCGUCCAGCCUGGUCGGUUGGCUAAACAUCUAGAGGUGGACAUUCGCAUCGUCGAGCCCCAGGGAAUUAAUUUUGUCCAUGUUCCCAACUCCCUUGGAGACGAAUUUUCAGAUGUUACAACUGUCACCAAAGGAGAAAAAAAGGCCCACGUUUCCUUCAAACCACCCGUGGCCCUUCAACGGAAGUGCCCCACAUGCUCUUCAACAACGAUUGACGGCAAUUUUGUGGUGACGUACGAUGUAGUCAGAGAUACCAAAGCCGGAGAGUUGGAGAUUUUCAACGGUUAUUUCAUCCACUACUUUGCUCCUGAGAAUCUGAAGCCCUUGCCCAAAAAUAUCCUCUUUGUGAUUGAUGUCAGCGGCUCAAUGUGGGGAAUGAAAAUGAAGCAAACUGUCGAAGCGAUGAAGACCAUCCUGGGGGACCUCCGCUCCGAUGACCAGUUUUCAAUCCUGGACUUCAACCACAACGUGCGAGCGUGGAGAGACGGUUUAGUCCACGCGACCAAAUCAGAGACCGAAGCUGCCAAGAAGUAUGUGGAGGGAAUCCAUCCCAAUGGAGGGACAAAUAUUAACGAUGCCCUCCUUCGAGCCAUCUUUAUUUUGAACGAAGCCAACAAAGUAGGAAUGUUGGAUCCAAACUCGGUUUCCAUGAUUGUCCUGGUUUCGGAUGGAGAUCCCACUGUGGGAGAACUUAAGCUGCCCACCAUUCAAAAGAAUGUGAAGAAAACUAUUCAGGAGGACACCUCAUUGUUUGGUCUUGGAAUUGGUUUCGAUGUAGACUAUGAUUUCCUGAAGAGGUUGUCCGUUGAGAACAACGGAAUGGCACAAAGGCUUCUUGGAGACAAGGAAACCUCCUCUCAAAUGAAGAAAUUCUACCACCAAAUCUCCACCCCACUUCUGAAAAAAAUAGAGUUCAACUACCCCCAGGGCAUGGUGUCGGAUGUCACUCACAACAGUUUCCAGCACUACUUUGGAGGAUCCGAGAUUGUGGUUUCGGGAAAAGUCGACACGGCAAGCACGCAACACUUGCAGAGCAUCAUUACAGCCACUGCAUCCAAUGCAGAGUUAGUCUUGGAGACCUUGGCAGAUUCUGAGGGUCUGGAUGAAUUCCUGAGCAAAGAUAAGCACGCUGAUCCCAAAUUCACCGAAAAGUUGUGGGCCUACAUUACCAUCAACCAGCUUAUGGCCGAGAGGAACCUGGCCUCGACGGCUGCCCUGAAAAGAAACAUCACUAAGAGGAUCUUACAGAUGUCCGUUGACCAUCACAUCGUGACCCCGUACACAGCGAUGUUGAUCGAGAACCCGAAUGGAGAUGAACUGAUGCUGGCCGACUCGCCCCGAGACAACAAGCGGGCGUGCUGUCCAGGUGCUUUAGCCGUCGGCCACCCGAAGCCCGAAAACUCCAUCCCACUUUGGGCCAAGUCCACGUCAAUGCCGAAGGAACCCUUCAGUCUCCUUAAGGGACCAACUGCAGCAGCCAUACAUGCUGGAUCCUUAAUUAUUGGUCAAGCAGUGACUGACAAUUCCAUCCCAUCUUGGGUGAGGCCUACCCCGAAGCCAGGGGGUCCAUUAGCUGUGGUCAUGGGUCCAACUCUUUCUACCAUACGUGCAGGAUCUUUACUUUUAGGGCAACCCCUGCCUGGUAAUUCCACUACAUCUGUUGGCCAACAGACAAAGAAAUCAUCUGGCAGCGGAAUACAUGCAGUGGACAACGAUCCCCAUUUUAUCGUCAACCUGCCCAGACAGCAGAAGAACAUCUGUUUCAAUAUAGAUUCCAAACCUGGAGCGAUCCUGAACUUGGUUUCAGAUGCUGAGUCAGGGAUUGCGGUUAACGGGCAGCUGGUCGGCGCCAAACAGGCCGUGAACGAGAAGCUGCAGACCUACUUUGGCAAGAUCGGGUUUGAUUUCAGAAAGAAAGGCGUGAAAGUGGAAGUGAGCACCGAGGCCAUCACGCUUAUGGACGGCUCUUCCAACACUUCCCUUUCCUGGUCUGACACAGGGAGGAUCAUUCGGAGAAGACUACUCAUAAUUGUGAACAGGAACAGCAACGUCACCAUUGUUGUGAACGGGAACACGACUUUCAUGGUUUUGCUUCACCGAGUGUGGAAGAAACAUCCAGUCAACGUUGACUUCCUGGGCAUCUACAUCCCACCGGAAAACCACUUCUCCCCCAGCGUCCACGGGCUUAUAGGUCAGUUCAUAGUUGAACCUGCUGUGAAUAUCUACAACGAACGGCCAGGACAGGAUCCGGAGAAACCCGAAGCUACCAUGGAAGUGAAGGGCCACAAACUUACGGUCACAUGGGGAUUCCAAAAGGACUACCGCGUGGACCGAAAGGCAGGCAUACGUGUCCAGUGCUGGUUCGUGCACAACAGCGGGAAAGGUUUCCUCGAUGGCCUAUACCAAGAUUAUCUCGUCCCUACUUUAUACAGCGUUCUGCAGUGGCCCUAAAGGAGGGUUAGGGGACAGGCACCCAAAGCAACCCAGCCCCCCUCCUUCCGGUCCAGACAGCUUUGCAUUAAUUCACUAUUUGACCAGGAAGAAAAGCUUUUCCAAUAGAGAAGGCAGGUGGCCCAGAUUCUGCCCACAGACCUUGUAUUUGUCCUUUGCUACAUAACAAAGCUACCUUUCCUCUCCAAGUCAGCAUGAUGUAGUGGUUAAGAGUGCUGGUCUCUAAUCUGGAGAGACUAGGUUUGAUUCCCCACUCCUUAACAUGAGUGGCAGACUCUUAUCUGGUGAACUGGAUUUGUUUUCCCGC